UCACAAUAUGACGUUACUACAGUAGUGAUACAGACCACCAUUCAUGCAACACAUUACUGCAAAUUUUCAGAAGAAAUGGAAACGCGCCAACCGUAUCGCACUUCAAACAUGUAACGAAAAAUAUUAGGCGGCUAUGGCGAAAAAAACGGAGCACGACGGCCAGAAAUGAAGAUUUCGAUAGGCGGCGUGGAGGCAGUGACUGAAAAAACAAAAACUGUGCAACAGUGACUCUGAUGUUUUGAAUUUUCCGGGGUUUUGACAAGUGGGGGUGUGUGUGCGCCACUGACUUUUAAAUUCUUCGACAAUUUUUUUCGCUUGUUAUUGUAAAAGAGGUGCGUUCGGCCGAUUUUAUCUAAUAAAAUUUUGGUGUAAUGAAUGAUUUGAAGCAAUGGGUAAUAGAAAAUCUUGUAUACGAAUCAGUGUAGCAAACUUGCCGCUCGGAAAAAAUGGCGGAGUGCUCUUAUGCGCGAUGCGUUCAACAGAGGAGAAAUAUUAGAAGAGAACUUCAAAGAUGGACAAGAAACAUGGUUCACAUUGUCGGGUUGGAACGAAUCGCUGAAGAGUUGAUGGGUCGGAGGAAAUGGAAACUGUACCAAGAGUCCAUAACGAGAAGUUAUUUGCAACCGUUGAACAACAACGUCAAGACCCAAGAUCGCCACGACCAAAAAGACACCGCCACGCGUACCUCAUCGCCGAAAAACGACGACGACGGCGUCGACGCCGCGACGGAACCCAAGGAAAAAGAAAACGAAAAGAGCACACAAGAAGUUGAGGACAGGCUCAAGGAUUGGACGCCGCAGACGAAGUGCUACUUCUGCGUCGACGGCAAGCUGGAUAGUGAACACACGGCACACGGGGUUCUGAGUCCCCGCCAUUCGGACUCGGAUUCGUCUGACAGCCACAGUGACAACGAGGUUCCGCCAUCGCUCACUCCCUCGGGGAGCUUGCUCAACAAUAACCACCGUCACCGACAGCCGGUGGCACCGGCCAACAUGACGACGAUCGAGAGCGUCACGUCGAUGGCGGCGUUGGCGGCGGCCUUCUCCGGCGGAAACUCCCCGGGAACGACCGCCCCACAUCUGCCCUUCUACGCCCCGAGCAUUCUCUCCCACAACUGGUAUCUCGCCAACGUGGCGAGGUCCUUCCAGGCGGACAGGCUCGGGGACAACCAGGACAAGGCGGCUUCCGGGGAGCAGCCGCUCGAUCUCAGCAAGGGGGCGGCGAGCACCGCCACCGAAGGCAAGACGCCUAACAAUAACGUCCGGUUGCCCACCCUCGACACCAAGCACAUAUUCAAUUCUGAUUUUAGAGCGAAACCUAGGAUGUCAGCUGUAGCCGGUAGGAGGACGUAUACCGAAGACGAACUCCAAGCAGCGUUGAGAGAUAUCCAAUCGGGCAAAUUGGGAACGAGAAGGGCGGCCGUCAUCUACGGCAUACCUAGAUCGACGUUACGGAACAAAGUCUACAAACUUGCCUUAGAAAGGGAGCGAGAGUCGCAUUUGAAUAGUACGACGCCGCUCAAGCUAGACGAAGAAGAGGUGAUGGAGGACGACAAAGAAUUGUCCGGAGCUGAAGAGGAGAAGGAAGUGGAGAAAGCGCUUCAAGCUCCUCUUUGUGAUAUCUUGAGGUUUUCGAACGUCGAAAUACCUCCAGAGGCACUCAAAGCCCUCCUUCAGAAAAAUAAGGAUGGACAAGAACCUUGGGCCGGUAUGGAGCACAGCGAGGUCGGACCUUACAUCCAAAACCUUCUCCUAGCCUCCCAAAAUCUCCUCAGCAACCAGAAACCUCUCGAAAACUCGGUUCUAAACAGUGUUGUGCCAGAAUUCGUAAAACGGCUGAUAACGGACGAAACAAAAAAUAACGGUGAUACAGUGUCAAGGCCGAGUCCGUCGAAUUCGGCAGCACCGAAACCCAAAUCCGAAUCGGACAUGGAAACGGAGGAGUCGCCUUCGAAUGUGAUACUAAAAAUUCCGUCCUUUAAACCGACGUCGAGCAAGAACGGAUGUGAUCUAUUCAGAGGUUCAGAAACCGGAAGCAUGGUCUCACCCCCGGUCACGAGCGAAUCGGGCUCUCCCCCGAUCCUCUCCGGCAAAGGCAUGACGAUUAAAGACGUCAAGGACGUCAUCGCUCAAAGCAUCAGUCAAAAAUUCCAACAGACCUUGGAGCCUCGACGACCUUCCAUCUCCGAGAUGGACUACAAGCGGGGCGGUUUUACGCCGCCGCUCGCCUCUGGCAUCUCCGUCAUGAAGACCCAAGACCUGACUCGGCCCUACCAACCGCCCCCGAAGCCCCAGCAAAACCCCGCUCCCACCUCCGGCGGCAAGGGCACUCGCCCCAAGCGCGGCAAAUACCGCAACUAUGAUCGCGACAGCCUGGUCGAGGCUGUCCGUGCGGUCCAAAGGGGCGAAAUGUCGGUCCAUCGUGCCGGCAGCUACUACGGCGUGCCCCAUUCGACCCUCGAGUACAAAGUGAAAGAGAGGCACCUCAUGCGACCCAGGAAACGCGAUCCUAAGCCCAAUCCCGUCGACGAGAAGAUCGCUAGUCUUAAACAGAACGACAUCCGCGUCCAAGAGAAACUCAAACCAAUGAUGAAACCCCCACAGAAAUUCCCUCCCACGGCGACGUCUCCCAACGGCAUCAAACUCCCGAUUUUCGAGCCGGGGAUGGCGCCGCUCGCCGGUUACAACCCUCCUCCUUUCCCCUUCUGGCCGCAUCCUGGCUUCCACCACCUUCCGUUGGAGUACGGACGACCUAUACCUCCAAAUCCGGAAUUUUUCGCGUCGCAGAUGAUGCAAAAGCUGCAGGAGGAGUCCUCCAGGACUGGAAUCACCGGACAAGGCACCACACCACCCAAUGCUCCAGCGUUGGCCAAAAGCGCCCGACAAAUUGCCGAGUCACUGCUCGACGGGACGGGCUCCAAUGGGUCUUUCUUGGACGGCAUCAUCAGGUCCAGUCUGGAGUCUGGAGUGCCCACCAACGAAGACAAAUUAUCCAAAGAAGACAAAAACGUCGCCGUUGAAAACCUCUCCAAUAAAGCACUUUUAGACCAGCUGUGCAGAAAUAGCAGACUGACGCCUCUUUCUAAACCUUCGAUGACUUCAGAAACUAACAGCUCGGGAGAUGAGUCCUAUAGGAAGGGCGCCAGUCCUCUCAAUUUCACUGCUGGAGCUUCGAACUCGAAAGAGGGUGACAUCUCCCCUGUCGAGCUACCCACAAUCGAACUGUCGAACGAUUCAAACGAAUCAACGGAGAAGAAACCGAUGAUAACGUCGCCGGAAUCGUCGACGACGGUGACGACUACGACAACAACAAGCACACCACCGGCUAGGAUUUAUCUAAAGAAAGAUCUGGCGAAUCCAGACAACCUUCAGCCCGAGAUGCUGAUGCGCUUCCGGGACAUCCUUCCCGACAUGGAGCGUAACGGCAUCGGCGAAGGCAUCGUAGCAGGAAGUGCCUCAGAUAAUGACGCGCCUCAAGACUGACACCUAACUAUCGUAAGUGAGAGAUUUUUAUACAAAAAGUACACACAAAAAGAUGUGUGAAAAUCAAAAUUUCGGUGUACUAUACACGAUUUACGCCCCCAAUCCCCAGGAGAACGACGUGGUUGUAAAGUGAAUAUUCGAGCUCGAUGACGGUGUUUGUUGAUUAUUUAUUUUAUUUUUUUUUGUCUUAAAGUUUUUUUUAGGAUUUAGUGGUGAGCAUCAAAGCAGUGAUUUGUAUAUUAGGUGUUUUUUGACUCAAAACAAGAUGUAUUUAUUACUGGGAAAAAUUCAUACCAUUCCGGCUGAACGACCGGGUAUCACACCACGUGCCAUCCCACCACCAUGUGAUAAAUGUUGAAUCUUUUUGCAGGACGUGGUGAUACUCGCUCGUUUCGUGAUACAUGUUUAUUGUUCAUGUUCGGUGUUUUUGGCAUGUACCAAAAAAAAUCGUAUCAUCGGUGUACUCUCUAUGUGUCUUCGACGUGGCGUAUUAUACCUCAAACUUGUAUAAAGUUCAUGAUGUUCAUGCAUUCAGCUGCUUUGAUGAGGACGGUUCAUAUAUAUUAUAUAAUAUCGAAAAACCCAUGGGAUUGUCCCAGAAUUGAAAAAAAUUAUAUCUAUCUGUGAUUUAUUCAAAAUUUUUGAUGUAUAUUUUCUCUAAAAAUAUCUUAAAAUAUUAUAAAUAAUUAAAAAAUUAAACAAUUAGGGAGUAGUAAUCGGUUGGCGAACUGACUCGACCCGGAUUCAGUUAACCAAACCGACUUUCGUUUAAUUCAUAUGACAAUGAAGUGCAAUUAGAUGGUAUAUACAUAAUAUAUAUUUACAUCAAUAUUAAGUAGUAUAUAAGAAUAUAUAAAAAGUAUAUUAUAUAUUUCAAAGGAAGCUAUUUUGUUCGAGAGAUAAAAGAUUGACUCAAGGUAGAGUUUAAACGCUUCAUUCCCCCCUUCUUCAACAACCGUCAGACAUACAACCAACCACUAACCAAACCGAUACCGACAGUUAACCGAAUCGGCUUGUCCGAUUCCUCAAACCAAACAGAUUUCUACAGUACACAUAUUUAAGUUGGACCAAUGCAGUUGUAUAUAAUGUGGUAUGCUUUACAUAUCGUUUGGCGCCCAGAGCGCGUCUCCAUCCCCCAAACGUGGCGCCUGAGACUCGACCUAGCCGCCAAAACCAAACAUUCCAACCAUAUAUGUGCCAGAUUUUUUAUUCGCGAAAAUUGAACAAUUUAAAUGUUAAAAAACAGAUUGUGAUCUCGGCCUCUGGCCCUUAGAUCAUCUCGGAAUGCAUUUUUUUCGAAGCUGUGAGCUUCCCAGUUCUCGUAGUCCUAAGGUUCAAAAACACUGUAAUUUUAAAUGUUUGUGUGUUUCACUUUUGCGCUUGCCAAUUACAGUUUGGGGGGCCGAGCGCGCUUUUCACCGACUCGGCUCCUACCAAAAAUACUCUUCGGCUUGAUUGUAGUGUAUCAAAAUUCCGUAAUUCCGCGCGAUUAUAGUAAAAGGAAAAUUUUUCAUAUACAAAACAAUAUUCAGCAAGUGUGCCACCGAUUUUUGUGCAAUUUAUAUAGCAUUUCUUGCAUUUCUUAUGUGAUAAUUUGUUACGAUAAAGACACUUUCUUUGACUAUACGUUUGCUUUUUUCCAAAUGUGCGGUCCAAAAACAUAAAUCUUAAAGUAUACGCGUUAAAUACACGAUAUUUUUAGUACGUAAAUCUCUUAUUACAGGCUUCAAAAGCACUAUAUAAUCAAAAGAAUAAAGUUGUUGUCAUUUUUUAUCAUUAUUUAUUGUUGUUUUAUUGAGCAACACAUCACGCAAAGCGGGAAACCUUGCCGGAAUUAGCAGCGCCCUCUUGUUGCCGCGUUUCUUCGACUUGUUUCGUGUUUUGCGUAGUGUGAUUCGGGAUUUCACAGAUUAUCUGAAACGGUACAUUUGAUCAUUCGACAGUUCAUUUUAGUACAGUUUAUGAUAAUCGAUUAUUAUUACGUAAUUUUUCCUGUUUUUAUUAUAACUUGUUUGCAUGUUAAACUUUAUUAAAAUGGACGUACUUUUCGUUUUUUAUCUUUUUUGCACCAAACGUGUCAGUAUUUCGUUUAUAAUAAAAUAAACAAGAAAAACAAUAACGGACCAAGGUCUUUUUUAAUUAAUCGAAAUAGAUGUUAGAUUUAUCAUUCCACACUAUAGCUUUUUCACAACUAUAAGACUUCUAAUAGUUUCUAUGUUAUUCCUAAUUAUUUUUUUACAAUAAACACAUAAUUUUAAUGAUUUUUUUAUAUCAACGUAUUUGUUAAUUAAUUUUUAGUUGUGUAGUGUAGUGGAAUAUUACUUAAGUUUUUUUGCUUUACAACCGUGUAUAUAGUACUACUGUUUCAGCGCACUUGAAUGUUUGUGUGCCUGCAGAUUAAACUGAGAACAUUUUUAUUACAAUUGAAACCUCUGAGCAAUUUUUGUGUUAAUUGGAACAACCAUAAUACAACAAUAGUACACAAUUUACCCACAUUUAAUCACAUUGAUGAAGAGCGGAUUUUACGUAAAGAAAAAGUAAUGAAAUGAUAUUUUUAUGUAUAAUGUUGUGUUUGUUAUUUAUGUUGCAAUAUGGGUGCGUCAUUUUUCAUUAUCAAAGCACCGCUGUAUACGUAAAUUGGCGUAAAUUCUUGAAAUAAAAAAACAUUUCUGCCAACAUUCGUGAUGUUGGUAAGAGUGUGUCGCGACUGGUUCAUGCGCUAAGAUACAAUUUGUUCACAGACUCCCCUGAAAAACACCUUAGAUUAAUUGAUAUAAAGAGUGUAUACUUAAAUAGAUGGUAGUUCUUACGCGUCUUUGUUGACAGUUUACAAGUACAAGAGGUUAGGUUUAAAUACCCCCACACUAUAUAGAGUUUUUGUAAAUGAGACACUAAUAACCAGGUGAUGGCACUUAACUAACGUAGUUUAAGAUUUUACUUAGUACGUAAUGUAAAAGUAGUAGUUUAAAUGUAGGGCCCAUGCUCUUCAUCAAUGUGGUAGCAAAAUCAAAUAGAACAGGUUCAAACAGGUCGUUUAUUUUUUUUUCUCAAAACGAUGGCAUAUUCAAAACCGCACUCUACACCACACAAGGUUAACGAUUGGCUCUAAAACCAACACCAACAAGUGUCUUCUAUACUCGUUUCUUUGUUUGUCUAGUCGAAAAUGUGCUUAAAAUUGGUAGAAAAAAGUUUUAUACAAUGUGAUCGGUAGUAUUGACGAAGACUGAAAAAAAUCAAAAUUUAACCUUGGAUAAUUUUGAAAUAUGCCAUGAAUACGAAAUUAAUCUCCGUUGCACACACUGGGACCAAAAGUACUGAUUCAUAUCCAAAAUAUCAAAAAAUUAUAUCAAAGGAAGAUAUUUUUUCUCUCGAUAAACUUUUUCUUAUUGCUAUGCUUAAAAAAGUGGUGCGGAUUAAUUAGGGAUAAUGUUUUUUAUUAUUACGAAAAAUUUGUUGAAUUUUUGUAAAAUGAAAUGAUUCCAUGUUUUGACAAUAUGUUAGAUUAAAAUUUUUGACGAUCAGGCCCUUUCUUAUUUCGAAACGGUCUCGUUGUCGACGAAACGUUUUUUAAAAAAGUACUCAUUAUUAUAAAAUUGUGACUAUAAAUGCCUUUUAGCGUGAAUAUUAUAUUAUAUCAAUUUGUUGUAUUUUCACAUGUAAAGGAAAAAGGCUAGACGGUUCCGUUUUGUUUGUUGUUGCAAAUCGUUUUUUCACUUUUUUAUUAUUAUUAUUUUUUACGUUUUCUAGCUUUUUUCCUAAAAUACAACGUGUUCUUGUUCGUAAAUAUCUGUGACUUGUAAAUCAUGUUUUAUUAAAGUUAGAUGUUUGAACAAUUGCUUUGUGGGAAAUUGUUAUUUUCAGAAAAUAUUUUAAAAACCACAAAAAUACAAAAAAAUACCAUACACAUUGUAUAUUUAUAAUGUAAUUCUGAAGUAUACCAGUAUUUAUUAUACUGUGGACUACAUUAAAAUGUU